AAGGUCUCAUUCGUCCCGCCACUCGAGCUGAGGACGGACGUACGCGACGCACGCGAUUUGUAUUUAUGAACGGAGUCGUUCAUCGGCACAUUGCCCAGUGGUACUUAUCAUAAUUGUGUAAACAAAAGUGUUCAUCCGUUAAAUACAUGUGUAUUUUCAUUCACUAGUUGUGUGAUGUGACAGUUAUGACAAGUGUUUUGAAGAAAUCUAGAGGUACAAAAGGAAAAUCUGAAUCAAUGCAGGAGGAUUUGCCUGCGAGAUGGAUCAGCUCCCAGCAGAAGACGGAGGAUGCUGGGAAACUGAUAAAAUACAUUAAUGACAAUAUUAUUGGAAAUGGAAAUCCGUUUUGCGGACCUUUUGGACGGAGAAAAGUGGUAUACUGCGACUACAACGGCUCCGGCCGGGCGCUGGAGUGCCUCGAGGAGUACGUGGCCAGUAACGUGUUGUCCACACAUGCGACUAGAUGCACAGCCCUGUCUUAUACGUCUGGGCAGAGUGAGAUCUACAGAUCGGAAUCGAAGCUGAUAAUCCGCUCGGCAGUCGGCGCGGGCGCUGAUGAUGCCGUCGUGCUUGGCGCAUCGUUGCCGCGCUUCUUGCGCGCGCUGCGGCCUGGCAACGUUGCGCUGUUCGUAUCGGCGCGCGAGACCGAGCGGCAGCUCGCGGUGUGGCGCGAGUUCGAUGCUGAGAUCGUCAAAGUCCCGGAAACAAAAGAAGGCUUCAUCGAUCUGAACAACCUCGAACAGAAGCUUCAGAGAUACUCAGGGACCGGCAAGCGCAUGAUUGGCUUCUUCCCUGCGGCCUCCAAGCUCACUGGAGUUUUAGCCGACGAUGUAGCUACAACGCUUCUGUUACACCAGUACGGUGCGUGGGCUUUCUGGGACUAUACUUUAGUAGCCCCAACGUCUGCAGUUGACAUGAAUCCGACAUUCCCCGGGGUCGAAGAGGAGAUGGUGAAGAAGGACGCGGUGUUCUUCAACUGUGAGAAGUUUGUGGGAGGAGUGCAAGGGCCGUAUGUGGCUGUUGUCAAGAAGGACGUGUUUAGGAAUACUUCGAUUUAUUCUGAUGAUGUUGAGGUCCUCUGUGAAAGGAUUGAAGAGUGGAGAUGCACAGACGCGGUCAGAACAGCCCUUGUCAUGCAACUGCGAGAUGCUGUAGGCUUGCAGACGAUUGCGGACCGACAGGACAACAUUACCAGACAAGUCCUAUCCCACAUCAAGAACAUUCCCGAGCUGAUACUCUUGGGCAGCGAGUCUCCUACCGGCCGACGUCUGCCCAUCUUCUCCCUCAUGGUGAAGCAUCCUCGCGGCACGUUCCUCCACCACAACUUCGUGUGCGCAGUCCUCAAUGAUGUGUUCGGAAUCCAGGCCAGGGGCGGACUGAACAGCAAUCUGAAUUACGGCUCUGAUAUACUGGGCAUUGAUGACCAACUGCUGAAGGAAUAUGAGAAACUACUGCAUGUAGAAACGCAAAAGGAGCUAGCACGAGUGAGGAAACUAAGCGCAGUCAAGCUUCCUGAUGUACCCAUACACAACGAGCACCUCAGGCCUGGCUUCUGCAGAGUCUCCUUACAAUACUUCAUGUCCGACAGCGAAUUGGCGUUCGUCCUCGAGGCUUUGAAAAUGGUUGCUACUGAAGGAUGGAAGAUAUUGCCCCAAUACGUGGUGAACCCACAGACGGGACAGUGGAAACACCACACGUGCUCCACACUAAGAGACCGAAGAUCCCUUUAUUCAUUGAGGUUCAAUGACGGGAAAAUUACGGCCAACGAAAGAAGAGUCUCGGGGCCAGGAAUAUUCCCACAAACAUAUACAGAAUGUUUGCAAACUGCCAGAAAUCUAUUCAACCGGGCAAGAAAAUUAGCAAUGAAAUGUUCGACAGCUGAGCCGGAAGUUAGUUUCAACCCGCGCAUCGACUAUCUGCGCUGGUUCAUGUUACCCAAAGAGGCUCAUGACCUUCUUUUAGGGCGGUCAGCGAAUGUCAAGCAUAUUGUUCCAUUUGAUCCUUCCGGAUACACCGGAGCCAGAAAGAGUCUACACACGAGAGCUAAUAUCACCUCAUCACCUAUAUUAGGUUCGUCACCGCGUCACUUUAGUCUUUCUGCUAUCGACGACUGUCAAAUAUUCAGAUUGAAGCAGAAACAAAAGUUCUAUUCAAGAGAGUCUAGUCUUAGAGAGACACCGCCAAAGGGAGAAGGUACUCCGACGUCGCAUCCCGUUAAGUUUGCUGUUGGAGAAUCAAUAUCGCCUCUUCGCCUAUGUCCGCAGUCAGCGCAGCCUCUGCUGAUUCGAUCGAGAUGCUACAGUUUAGGAUCAGAUAGUCCUGCUGUAGCAUUCAGUGCACAAACAAAACUAAACCUCGGGUUGAAGGAAACUAGUCCAAGCAGUAUCACUGAAAAAACUAGUUUCUGCAACUGCGGGAGUCAGACUGAUCUCCAAUCAUUGGACGAUCCGAUGAUCUCACCUCCAGUAUUCCCUUUUAGUACUCAAAGCAGCACAUCUGAUUGUAGUCAGCUUGGACGUUCAUCUCCAACGACGUCUUUAACAUCGCAGACAUCUGAGGAUCUCCAGGCCUAUGUCAAAGAGAUGACAAAAGAUAUAUGUACUGAGAUUAAGUCGGAAAUCCGCGAAGUAAUAUCCAGGGUAGAUGAUAUUUUGGAAAAUUCUGAAGCGCUUGAUCAGUCAAAUAUUAGUAUAAACUCAAUUUCUAGUCAGAGUGAUAGGAAUUCUGUAUCAGUGAUGGACGUAGCUGAGUAUCUAAUGGGAAUGUCAAAGGAAAUGGCUUCUGAAGUCAAGAGCGAGAUCAGGGAAAUGGUUAAUCAGGUUGACGAGAUGAUAUCACCUGAAUACACAGGAUAUAGUUCCAGAAAGAGUUCACCUCCACAAACAGGAAGAAAGAGGAUAGGAUCUGGGCCGGAGUUAGGAUUAGAUUUAAAAAGGACAUCGCAGUGUUUGAGAAAGUGUCCCACGAGCCCUGUUUUGCCAACUCAGUUGGAUAAUGAAGAAGAAAAUAGACGCUUCAAAAGAUCGCCAUCUUCGCCAUCGCCAAAAUCUGCUCAGUGUACACCUCUGCACGAAGCUUCGGGCCCGCACAACAUUUCCUUUAACUCAAGUGAGACUUCAACACCAGAAACUAUUAUCCAGGUCGUCACGUCCCAGAACUCCCCAAACAUACCCAAGUCGAUAAGCUCAAACAAACUCUCGGAUGACGAAGCUUGCUCAGACACGACCUGUAGACAUUGUUCUGUCAAGAAGCAUUGGUGCCAAAACCCUUCAGUCAGCUCACAAGACAGUGGAAUUAACAUGUGUUUCACUGAGACUGAUUCAUAUUUAGAGUUCGUAAAAUGGCGAACGUCUUCUGACCCAACUACAACCAACAAAGCCAAGAAGCUGCAAGGUAGACUGAGAAUGUGCCAAAAACAUGACAAAAGCGAAGUGCCAGAUAUCAUCGAAGGAGUACCUGUGUGUUCUGGUGACCAUGGACGCUCCGUUAAGAGAUACAGUGAGGUAGUUGCUGAAGGAAGAGUAGUCUUUGACAUACCUGAUGACCAGGAGAAUAAAGACAGAUGUAAGGAUAAACGGUCGAGCCGAUCGUCGAACACGUCGAGCGGUUCGGAGAACAGCUCGCGGUCGAGCGGGUCGAGCGGCUACGGGACCGACCAGAGGGACUCGCGGGACGAGCUCUUUGAGAAAGGCAGCUCGUUCAAGCCUGAGUGCUGCUGGGAAGAGACAGAGCAGGACGACAGCAGUGCGUGCUCCGAUACGUCGCUACCCGACUUCACUUUAGACGACGAGGGCAAGUGGCACUGCCCGCCGAAGGAUGUGUGGAAACCCACGAUUGAGGCUAUUCAAGAAUACAACAUGAUCCGAGCCGGCGACAAGGUACUGGUGUGCUUGUCAGGAGGCCGGGACUCCAUCGCGCUGCUCCACACCAUACAUCAGUACCAGUUCUACGCGAGGGCCAAGGGCACGCACUUUAGCAUCGGAGCGUUAUUCGUGCACGAGUCAAACUCGGACGUAGACCCUCUGCACCUCAUGGCGUACUGCCGGACCUUGGGCGUCAAGCUUAUCUACCAGGACAAGCUGGACGACGAAGACUCGCAGAGACGCAACAGCAACCGCGCAGAGCUCCACCGCUGGGCGUCGCACGCGGUGCGGCGGCGCGCGUACGCCGCGGCGGCUGCUCACGGCUACGGCGUGGCGGCGGUCGCUCAGCAUCUGGACCAUGCGGCGAGAGCGUUCAUAGCCAGCGCGUUCCAUGGCGGCGCGCUGGGGACUGUCAAAGCUCAUUAUAGAGUCAGGGAGCAUUCACUGCGCAUAAUCCGGCCGCUGAUCUACGUGCGCGAGCGCGCGCUGGCCGCGUUCAGCCGCGCGCGCAUGCUGCCGGACUUCCGCGGGGAAGGACCGCUCGCCGACGCGCAGGACGCGGACAAUGAAGGACAAGAACGCGAGCCUUCAACAGAAUCAGUACAAGUGCGGCGUUCUAUCUCCGAACCACUGGACUGUGCGAGAGAUGUACUGGCACUACACGAGAGGCUGCACCCUUACCUGUUCACCAGUCUCAAGAGCGCCUUGCAUCCACUCAUCAGCGCAAGAAACAUCGAGCAAGAUCUGAAAGAGCAUAGACAACGGAAGAAGUCGGUGAUUCAAAUGAAGAACGGAGCGCCGGUGUACGACUCCGAGGAGGGGACUGACGAGGAGCCCGUGCCAUAGACUACAUAGAUAUAAAUCUGUCAACAUUGUUGCUUUGCGGUGUGACACUGGUCUUUGAUUAAAUGUAAAUGAUUAAAUGAAAUCCCCCAAGGCACUCAAUUCAAUAUUACUUGACUUCAAAAAUAUUGUUUUCGAUAAUCUGUCUGUUUUUUUUAAUUUAAAUUGAUUGUAAGAGAAGAUUUAUUUUACUCUUGUUUGUACCUAAUACAUGUAUCUUAAUGGUUCUACCUGGUGCGCACAGUUUUCGUACAAAUGUAUGUACUGUCAAUGACAGUCUGUCAUGUUUGAUGCUUAUAUUGAUGAUGUUUGAUAGCAUAGAACCCUCUGCAUACAAAUGUGUAUGCAGGGGUGUCAAGUUGAUAGCUUUGCGGACUGUACAUAUAAAUGUAUGCUUGGUGAACCCCAACUUGUCAGUAAGAAAAGGCGGAAAAUUUGAAAAAUGUAGGCGCGAAGAGUUGAUCUCCCAUAGAAAAUUUGAAUUUCGCGCCUUUUUCUACUGACAAGUUGGGGUUGAAGUAUAAACCUAUACUAGCAUCAUAGUUUUGUAACUUUUUAAAUAAUUGCUUGAUUAUUCAGUGACCAGAAGCAUACAUUGACAGAAUAGUUAUAACUGUUGUAGUUUUCGCAGAAAUAUUAUCGUGAUGUUUCAGUGAUUAUUUUAAUAUUGUGAUCGAGAAUAGAUAUAUAAAUGUGUUGAAUAUUUUGACCUCAUAGUUUGUACGUACGUAAGUCAGUCAUAGUGUUGUGCGAGUGUGAUUAGAUUUAAAAAUAAAAUUAUUUAGAGUUGCCAUAUUGAUAAUUAUUUUUCUACUAUAAAUGAAGGUACGUUAUUUUUUAUGUGAGCGUGUUGUUAAAAUGCAUUUGUAACAGGAACGGGACGUUCCAUUUAUUAUACAAAUAAUUGCAUGUUUUGUUGAUUGUAUGGUUAUACUGUUUCAUACAUAUUAAAAUAAAACAGUAGACAUAUUUAUUGCGUCAUCUUAAAGUAUUUUCGAUGGCGAAUCUAAUGUAGAAAUAAAGUCCAUUAUUACCAAUUAUAAAUGUUGUUCAGAUUUCCUUAUUUUAAGUAGAAGUUAAUCAUAAUGAGACCUAAAAGGUCUACGGUUUUAUUUCUAUAUGAUUUCAUAAAUGCUAUCAGCGUAUUAUGUAAACAAGAUGUAUUGGAGUAAUUCCGAAAGGAAAAAACACUAAAAAAAAAUACCGGAUAUUUCCGAAAAUGGACUCUUAUUACAAUGGAGUAUGGGUGAUUUUAAGUGAUUUCCGGCAUUACCCAAUUGCCGAAAUUACCCGAAUACACCUAACUUCGCAUGGAAUAAACAAACAUGUCAGCUAAAAGCACGUAUUGUGUAAAGACUUUUUUAUGAUUAAGGCCGCUUCACUUUGAACACGCUGUAUGUUUACGUAAGUCAUUGUAGAGAUAUCAAAUUACUUUGCCUGCUGUAAAAACAACAACUCAAUAACAGCAGUCUUAGGCGAUGUCGGUAAACAUAGUUUGAACAUGUCUAUAGAAUUUCUUUACUAGGAUUUAUCGUCGAAAGAAUCAAUCACUUGAUGUAAAUUAUGACGAGUAAUUCCGAUUUAGUCCCGAUGUUUUCUUUAAGAUUCGGGAGUCUUUGUAAUCUACUGUUUAAAAAAUGUUUCUCUGAAAUCUUAGUGUAAGUGAAUUGUCUAUUAUCGUUCAAUAUUACUUUAUGUUGCAUAUAUUUUUUCAUUGUACAACGAUGAUUUUAUGUGGCCCGUUUUAAAAACUGGCAAUUUUAUAUAUGGCAACAUUAACAUCCAGGUUCCAUUUUUAAAAGUAUUUUUUUAUUAUUAUUAAAAUUGGAAUAUGGCUGUUGAUGUGAGACUGAUUUUGAUUUUUUUGAAAUAAGACUAUUAAUCAUUACUUAUGUUAAUAAAAAGUUAAACUUGACAUUAAAUUGGUUAUUAACUGUUAUUCGUAGCCGUUUUUAUACGGAUAUAAUGAAAUUUUAGUUAAUAAAGCUUUUUUAUUGA